UUACUAACACAUAAUUAUGUGGUUUGAGUAUGUUUUUCUUUUUUGUUUUGUAUGUAUUUUUUACUUUACUCUUGAUAUCCGGUUAUUGUAUUUCUUAGUUUAACAGGAAGUACUAGUCGGGACAAGUUACUGUGCCAACGCCCGGUUGCAUCAAAGCCAGCGUAAGCUAGUAGACGUUCCGAGGGACAUAGCACUGCUACCAGCCCUAUCACACGGAAGCAAGAUGCAGACCAUCAAAUGUGUUGUGGUGGGAGAUGGAGCAGUGGGAAAAACAUGUCUACUGAUUUCAUACACCACCAACAAAUUCCCAUCUGAAUAUGUACCAACUGUGUUUGACAACUAUGCAGUAACUGUUAUGAUUGGUGGAGAACCAUACACCCUUGGCUUAUUUGAUACAGCAGGUCAGGAAGAUUAUGACCGGUUACGACCACUAAGCUAUCCACAGACGGAUGUCUUCUUAGUCUGCUUCUCAGUUGUUUCGCCAUCAUCAUUUGAAAAUGUCAAAGAAAAGUGGGUUCCUGAAAUCACUCACCACUGUCCCAAGACCCCGUUCCUUUUGGUAGGCACUCAGAUCGACCUGCGUGACGACCCCUCCACUGUGGAGAAGUUAGCCAAGAACAAACAGAAGCCAAUCACCCCGGAGACAGCGGAGAAGCUGGCCCGGGACCUUAAGGCGGUGAAAUAUGUGGAGUGCUCAGCCCUCACGCAGAAAGGAUUAAAGAAUGUGUUUGAUGAGGCAAUACUGGCUGCCCUGGAGCCCCCUGAACCUAAGAAAAGGCGUAAAUGCGUUCUGCUCUAAGUUUGGUCUCAGCCUUCUCAGCACCACUUGCUAGGUUAGCAGUACUCUUAAGGUUUGCUUCACGACCACAUUUCACUCACAAGUCAAAAUAUCAUGAAAUAUUUGCCGUCUGCCUGAAUUAGCCUAAAUACAUAUUUAGAAUUUUGAAGAUGUUUAACAAUUGAUGCUGUUUUGUGAUGAGUUCAUACUUAUGAUUUGGCCUUACAUGAUGCAUACCACAGUUCAGCUCCAAGACCUUUAGUCUGCAGAAUGGCUUCUUCAUCGAAUGGAAUUCUAACGGUUAGACAAUGAGUUGAGGAUUUAUCUGAAUCUAUUAAUAUAUAAUACAUUAAAGCCACACAGCUUAAAUCAGCCUAAGGAGUGAACUGAAGUGUAUUUGCCAGACUUAGCCGUCUUGCGGACUUGUUGGCAGUUAAUAUUAACUUGUAGUGUGAACACUCCUCACAAAGUUAUCAGAUCUUAUUAAAGGUAUAUUUGUCUUGAAUUAUUUAACACAGAUGACAAUAUUUCACUUGUAGGUGCAGUAUUUUAGUGCAGACUGAGGUCAGUGUACACUUUAAGAUGAAAGUACUCACUGGCCCACACAGCAUCGUUACAUCAGAUAGCGACGCAGUGUGACACUCCAUGAUUCCAUAUCCUGUGAACAUUUCUUAAAUGCCAGAAAGUGUUGUCUUCUCCUAUAUUCAUUCCUAGAUGUGGGCUUGAUUAAUCUGUAAAUAUAGUGAGAAAUUACUCAUAACUUAUUGACUAAGUGUGCAUUUCUGAAGCAGAAAGUUGAAAGUUCAGAUGAUGCUGAGAGAAAAUAAAGAAUUGAUUCUGAUUUCUUUUUGUUCAAUUUGACAUCAAGCUGUACUGUAUUUUCCGUGUGAUGAAACAUCACAAUAAACCAGUAUUAUGAAUAGA